GCCGCAGAAACUCACAACGUUGUUGUGUGUGUCAGAUUUUUGUUUUUUGGAAAGAUUUGUUUUGUUUUUUUUUCAUAAGAAAAGUUUUUGUUGUUACUAAAAUAAAAGAUGUCUAUUUUACCCGACAAGACGGCCUUUGCUGACUUCAGGGAGCAGUGCCUAUCCACGGACAAUUGGUCCAACAAGUAUGAUAAGCAUGGGAUGCAGGUGUGGGUCGAAGGCUCUCCUGUAAAUAAAGGAAACAACGUCCCGAAAGUCCACAAGAUCAAGUGUAAAAUGACAAUCAACGACGUGUCCGCUGCCACCAUGUACGACGUGCUUCACGACGGGUCGUACCGUAAGAAGUGGGACCCCGCCAUGCUGGACAGCUUCGACAUUGCCCGGCUCUCUGUUAACGCUGAUGUGGGCUACUACUCAUGGCUUUGUGCAAAGCCCAUAAAGAACAGAGAUGUGGUAUCUCUGCGUUCGUGGCAGGUGACGGACGACGAGUACAUCAUCAUGAACUUCUCAGUGAAACACCCGAAAUACCCUCCUCGCAGUGAUAUCGUGAGGGCCAUUUCCAUCAUCACUGGAUAUUUCAUCAAGCCCACAGGACCGAACAGCUGCACUUUCAUAUACCUUUCACAAGCCGACCCCAAAGGUUCUCUUCCCAAGUGGGUGGUAAAACGAGCUUCUCAGGUUUUCGCUCCACGGGUGAUGGAGUGUAUACACAAGGCGGGACAAAACUACCCCGAGUGGAAACAGAAGAACUCUCCCGAUCAGAAGCCCUGGUUGUACCCGGUGCAGAACAACCUGCCCAUGAUGGACGCCAGCGAGUUGUCGAUACAGAGAGCCGACUCGCUAGAGAACGUGGAUGAGAGUACCAAGUUGGCCACUCAGGACAGCGAGGACAGCAGCUAAAUUGCAUCAAAGUGAUCGGGGGGAGGGGGGUAGUUGGAAGAGGGUGACAUUGGAGUAUAGACUGUGUAUGUACUCGCACAUUGAAUAUGACUUGAGACCUCCGACUCUGUGAUGUUGCGCCGAAUGCUCGUGAAUUCUUCCGGUUUUCCUAAAGCCGUGUGCCUUUUUGGGAGGAACCAGAGCAUGACGUGUUUACAGCUGUUUUAGCAGACGGAAAUGAGCACAGAUCAAAUCCAGCAUGUUGAAGCUAAACAUCUUUCCAGUGUUUGCCGACAUGCUUUGAAACUUCUUUUUUUUUUGUACAGUCUUAUAGGUGUCAGGGUUUGAAUGUGUCAUAGAUGCAGCACCACACUGACAACGGGUGGUGUUCUCAGGCCUUUUUUAGUUGCAGCUGUGUAAAAUGCACACAAACACAUUUUAAAUGCAGAAAGGAAGCGUGGUUGUCCGCUUCGCCUUUUACAAGUGACUGUGAAUGGAAAUUAGAUUAGUUAGCUGGUGGCGAAAGUAGAGUCAGUGAAAUGUGUACUUUUUCUUUGUUAAAUGCCAGAUCAAAAGCAUCUGAGCUUAAUUCACAUUCAAUGUCUGUUCGCAGUUGAAACAUUCUUGUUAACAGGAAACCUAUUUUUGGUAGAACGGUUUUGUGUGCAGCCACUCUGGGCGUCGACCGUGAUUUUUAUUUUUCAGGUUUUAAGGCUUAUUGCAAAAACAAUUCACUGUCAUAUUGCUGCUAACCAUUACGUUUGUUUAGUUAUGAUUAGUGAGCGACUGUUGUUUCUUUCUUCAAUGUUUAAUGCAGAAGGACUGAUUGAAGGUUCAAUGUAUUUAUUUCAGAUGUUGUGCAAUCAUAGGUUUUAUGUAAUUAUUUUUAAUUUAUACGGACGCCAGACUAGCAGAUCAGUUGUUGAUCUCUCAGAAUGAAAAUCUGGUUAUGAUGUAUUUUUUGAAUUUUGUCAGUUUAAUGACUAUAGCUGAAGGAUUGGAAUGACCAUAAAGGAAGAAUCUUUUAUUUAAAUUUCUGUAACCGCAGAUGAAGUUGAUCUGGAAGUAAAGCCCCUGGAAUUAAGCCUUGCAGGCCAAAAUGAUGAGGUUUUUCUUAGAUUGAUGUGUAAUGUUGCAUUGUGUUGACUUAAAAAAAACUAACCAAUGUAA